AGCGAAUCUAGAGAGAGGCUGAGAACUCAACACCCACCUCUAAAACAUCUGACUCUCUCUCUCUCUCGCUCGCGCGCGCGCGAAGUGGAAGACGAAGGGGGAGCUCCGAUGGCAUCUCCCUCCAAAUCUUGACCCUUAUCUCUUCGUGAACUCCAUGGCGUCCAUCUCGGCCUGCCUCGCCAUCACGGCCAGUGAUCGCCGCGUCUUGCGGCCCUCCUUCUUCCGUGGGCAUGCCCUUUCACUUUGCCGGAGAUGGCCGGAUGGCCGCCUCGGACAUGCUUUACGGUUCCGGAAUCGAAAGGACAUUUGCCUUCCUGUCAGAGCCGGCCUCCAAGCCUCGGCCGAUUUCAAGCCCGGCGCUCGCGUCGAGAGCGAUAGGCUGCCUUCGGUCGUCCGCAAGCGGGCCAUGGAGGCCAUUGAGUCGUCCGGCGGAAGAGUGACCAUCGGAGACGUUGCCAGCAGGGCCGGUCUCAAACUCGACGAAGCAGAGAGAGCACUUCAAGCGAUAGCGUCUGAUACUGGAGGGUUCUUAGAGGUCUCUGAUGAAGGUGAUGUUCUUUAUGUCUUCCCAAGGGAUUAUCGAUCAAAACUUGCUGCAAAGUCUGUUAGGAUGAGAGUGGAACCUCUGCUGGAGAAAUCAAAGGCUGUUGCUGAAUAUUUGGUUCGGGUAUCAUUUGGAACAGCAUUAAUUGUCUCGAUUGUUCUUGUUUACACCACAAUUAUUGCCCUUGUUUCCAGUAGAAGUGAUGACGAUGGCCGUGGGAGACGAGAAAGAGGCUACAGUCCUGGUUUUGCUUUUUAUUUUCGGCCAUCGGAUUUAUUUUGGUACUGGGAUCCAUAUUUCUAUCGGAGGCGACAGAUGAGAACAGAUGAUGGGAUGAAUUUUGUUGAAUCUGUAUUUUCUUUUGUUUUUGGUGAUGGAGAUCCUAAUCAAGGGAUUGAAGAAGAGAGAUGGAAAUUGAUUGGUCAGUACGUAUCUUCUAAUGGUGGUACUGUAACAGCUGAAGAACUUGCUCCAUAUCUUGAUGUGCUACCUGUGGAGGAAACAAAGGAAGAUGAAUCGUUUAUAUUGCCUGUCCUGUUACGGUUUGAUGGAUAUCCUGAAGUUGAUGACAAGGGUAAUAUUGUCUAUAAAUUUCCGUCAUUACAAAGAACUGCCUUGUCCCAAGGGGUGGGAAGAAAGGAGUAUGUUGGGAGAAGGUGGAAUGAAUGGGUAGGAGGAGUUGAGAAAUUUUUUAAGGAGAAGAAAUGGCCAUUCAGUAAAACAGGAAAGUCAGAGAGGGCUAUGGUUAUUGGAUUGGGUGCCCUUAACCUAGUUGGAGUCAUCAUUUUAAGCAGCAUGUUGAAGAAUGUGGGAAUCACGAGAGGGGGAUUUAUUUCAUUCGUCAUGGACAUAUUUCCACUUCUUCAGGUUUAUGCAGCCUCUUUCUUUGCAAUUCCGCUUUUCCGGUGGUUUUUGGUUAGAAAAACAAAUGGGGAAAUAGAAAAAAGAAACAAAGCAAGAGAACAGUGGGCUCGGGUACUUGAAAUGCCUGACCCACCCCUCAGACAAAAGCUGUCCAGUGCACGGGACAUGGCAAAGCGAACUGUCAUUGGACGGGAUCGUAUCGUCUAUAGUACUGAGAAGGAUUUCUCCGAUCAGGACUAUGAAGCCAGAGAUUGGGACCGCAGGUUUAGAGAAUUGGAGACGUAUGACCAAUAGAACAAUCAAAUCAGGUGAUUUUUAUAGCCAACUAAGAAACUGUACAGCCCGAUGUAAUGUUUCUUACAGGAGAGAUCCAGCACGAGCAGAAUCACCACUCAUGGUUGGAGAGGACUCAGCUCAGUUUGGGUUAAUCCAUUGAAAAUGUAAAUCGUGACCACCAUAAUCUGAGGAAUGCUAAGUUCCACAUAAUUUAGACUUACACCACCUCGAUUGCUAAGGUAUUGUGGAAGGAGCGCUUGGUCAUCAGAAGAUGCAUGUAAUUGUUUAUGUAUUUAGUUAUUUCCUUUCCGUCUUUGCGCAA